AUGCUAGCUACUUACUAUGAUCUGUCUCUGAAUGGAUUCAAGGCCCCCGCGAAGGGUGCGCGGGGAGAGGCGACGGCAGGCGCAGGUUACGUCACCGCGCUCUCAUCUUCCACUUGUGAAGAUGGGCAGUUGACAGACAGAUCUAUCAGACACUUUCAAAUUGCGAAUUUGAGAAGGAGCCCCCAGAGCCCGUCGCUUCAAGUCGUUUCUCCAGAUCACUGCUUCCCAUCGAGGAACUACUACAAGAAAAGUCCCCGACGACUUGUUGAGAUGACUAAGCACCCUGGGGAUCAGGGGCGUCAGUGGAAAAAACCCGAGCAAGAAUGUAAUGCUAAUCUCGGC